AUGACGAGCUUCUUGCACAAUGCUCGAGUCACCACCAUCAACGAAUAUGAUUUGAAGGGAUCAACGGGGGCGCGGUCGAGAUUCUACAGCAGUAGGUAUAUAAACUCCGACGAAGAAAACCGUAGAUACACUCAACGAUCAGAGCUCGGCAAGAUGAAAGCCCUCCUCGCGAUCGUCCUCGUGCUGUGCACAUACGCUACCGGAUCACCAUUCUCGCGACAACGUCGAGAAAUUUACGCUGGUUAUGGACAUGGUUAUCACGCUGGGUAUCCUGGACAUGGUGUCGCCUUGGCAGGACCAUUACUAGGUCAUACAAGUGUGGCUGGUCCUCGCGUCGGAGCAUCCGUUCUUUCCGGACCUUCGAUUGGACCAGCCAAAUUAUCCGGCUCUGCUUCUGGACCGGUUCACGUAUCUGGUGCUGUCGCUGGACCAGCCGUCGUUACUGCUUCCGUUGCUGGACCUGCAUAUGUCGAAGGUUACAAUGGAGCAUACGAUGGAGGAUACUAUACUUCUCCUUCUCUCGCCGGCUAUGGUUACACGGGUUCUCCCGGCUAUGUCGGUUACACGGGAUACGCAGGACACGCAGGAUACGCAGGACACGCAGGACACGGUGUGGUCCUCGCAGGACCUGCGUCCCACGGUGCCGUCGUAUCAGGACCUCAUUCUGGCGGCUCGGCCGUCGCCGGUCCUCAUGCCGGUUCGGUGAUCAUCGCCGGUCCCUCGGGAAAAAUCACAGCUCAUGGUGCCGGGUACGGUGGCGUUCAUGCUGGAUUACAUAAUCACGGUCAUUGGUAACGAGAGUGUUCUCC